GAAACGAAACAAAUACAUUCUAGAUACUAGAUAAUUCAUAAAAUCUAAUGUAAACAAUGAUCUCAUUCUAGAUAUAAUACAUCUAAUCUAGAUCUAGAUCUAGUUCUAUGAUCUAGUAGAUCUGGAGUGGAUACCGCUAGUCUACAAAAGUUUUGAAAAAAGAAAAGAUGAACAUUCUUCCUCAUAAAAGCUGGCAUGUGAGAACCAAGAAGAACAUAGAAAAAGUUAGAAGGGAUGAGGAGAAAGCAGCUCUUGAAGAAAAAGAAAAACAAAGACGACAAGCUCUAGCUGAUCAAGAAGCUAGAACAGAUUUACUUCGACUUCGAGCAUCUGGAAAAUCUGGCAAGCAUGAUAAGAUCUCUUCAGAUGUCACAAAGGAUGUUGUUGUAUAUGAGAGUGAUGGAAAAAGAGAGCAUAUAAAUUUUUUUAAGGAUAUUGAAGAUGGGUUGAAACAUGGCAAGAACAGGGAACAUGAAGCUGAGAAGAAACAGGAGCAGGAAGAAUUUGAAAAGAAAAUCGGACUUCUUACAUAUCUGGGCCAAAGUACAAAAGAAGUAGAGCCUUGGUAUUUAAAGAAUAUCUCAAAAUCAAGUAAAGAAAGUGAGAGCAGCAGUCAGAAAAAUGUUUCCAAACCAGAGACUUCACAUUCAAUGGACCCAUUAAUGCAAAUGUCUGAGUAUUUGAAGAAGAAACAUAAGAGCAGCGAAAACAAGAAAGAACAAAAAAAGGUUGAUAAAAACAAGUCGAAACAUACAGUGAAAACUCCACAGUCAACCUCCCACAGCUCAUCUGCUUCACAUCCCUCAACUAGCAAGUCAAUGAAUCAACUCAGAGAGGAAAGGCUGAAGAGGGAGAGAGAAGAAAAAGCCAGGAUAGCAGCCUUGCUAGGUAAAAGAAAAAGUGGUGAAGAAGUCAUUAAGGAGUAUGAUGAACGAGGAGACAGAGGAAGGGGAGUAAAGAGGCAGUACAAUGCACAGUAUAAUCCAGAUUUCUUCAAGAGAUAAAGACACUUCAUUCACACCAUUCAAUGUAUUACUGUGAUACCCUAUGUGGUAUGUCUCACUUGAGCAACUAGGAAGUUGCAGUUCUGCACUAAAUUAAAAAGUUCAGUGAAACAACAGAGUUAACGUGAGUCAAGUGAUAGCCGCAACCAGUAGUUUUUGCUCUGUAUUUCAUGUGUGCGAUUGAAAUAAAUGUCAAAUUAAAAUAUAAAUGAGAUAUUGAUAUUAACAUACACCAGACCUGUAGAAAGGGCACAAGAAACUUUCACAUUUGUUUAUGCAGAAAUAGGGGGAAAUUCCACAGUGAAGUUUCAGUGUAAAAUAUGUAAUCAUACAUGAAUAUAUAAGAAAUUUUAAUAUUACUUAUCUAAAAACUUUUUUUUAAAGUGUAGAUCCUGUAAAUAAAAUGUGAGCAGCUCUCCUUAUGAGAAUAUCAAGAGAGAGGCAAAACCAUUCUUUUACACUGUCCAUUUUAUAAUGUUUUGUUAUUUUGCUUCUAACUGUAGUUAUAAUGUGUCCUAAUAACUUUCAUGAACUCACUCCCUUGUCAUGUAUGGGUAUAGGAUUUGGUGUACAUGUUGAGUUUUGUUCAACUUCCUAAGCUCACAAGUGAAUUAAACAGGGAGAAAAAAAAAAUUUAAGUUUGAUUUAAUGAGAUUACAGUUAAGUAAAGUCUUCAGACUAAUUUACUCAUGGAUAAUAUAGAUUUUUAUUAUUGUGACCAUGAAUUUGUGGGUUUUAUUUUCUCAGAUCUAGCUUUUUUUGAUGAGAUUGUAUAUUUAUUUUAGAUGCAAAUAGUUUAAUUACUUUUUAAAAAAUCUAUACCAUUUAUACUAAUUGUUGGCUGAAGUAAGUAAUUGCUAAAUAAUUAAAAUAUCUUAAUUGGAUUUGAAGUUUUAAUAAAAGUUUUAACAAUAAUUUCAAAAUGUCUUAUCAUGUUUAAAGCCUGUUGUAAGUUUUAUUUAUAUUUACACAUUAUCUUUAAAAAAUAUCAUUAAGCUAUUAAAAUCUACUUCUGUAAGAAUUCUCUUGUUAUAUUACAUAUAAAUGUAGGUCUAAGUGAAUCUCAGCUGGGUAAUAGUAAUGAAAUUCUGCACUCUUCCUUAAAGGCUAACUGGUCAUGGGGUAUGCACACUGGACUGUGGUCCAGUCGUCUCAAUGGUCCCAGGUUAAUACACUGUCUGCUGUCAUCCCCUGUUGUCCUGUGAGGUGUUUGGAUUAGGAUGUUGAAUAUCUUCAACUCUGCAGGAACAUUUGAAGCUUGCAAAACAAACCAAAAAUUGUUAAUCUACAGACUCAGAGAAAGCCCUUAUUAUAUAUUUUAAUCAGAUGUGACAUUUUCAUCAUCACUUUCAAAAAGGGGACAGAAUUCUUAUUGCUCUGAGAUCAUUUGUUGCUUUACUUACUCUCAUAACUUUUCUACAUAUCCUCCCCCCCCCCCCCACCACAUCUUUCCUUCCUCUUUUUAACAUUUUGGAAGUUUUAAUGUUCUAGGAGUUUCAGAAUAUGAAAUGAACAUUGUUUCUACUAGUGUCAAUUAUCCUCUCCGAUGUUGUGUUUUGUUGCUAGCACAUUGACCAACUGCUUUAUGUUAACCAAGUAGCCUCUGAUGGGAUAAAUUGGAGAAAAAAAAAAUACCCAGAAAAACACAUAGAUAAGGCACAUUUCUUAUUCUAUAUUCUAGGAAAGGUGCUCCCUUAUUCCCUAGUGCCAGGUUGGGUUACCUGAAUCAACCAGGACAACCAAAGACUUAGCAAAGUCGCUAAUUAAGAAGCACAACUAGAUUAAAACAUGGAUACGAAUACUAUAGGAUGUAAUUAUCUUGUUUUGAUGGAAUGCCUGUAAUUUAUAAGAAAUGUUGAUAGUUGGCAGCUAGAACAUUUUCACUGCAUUGUCCUGCAGCAAAGUUAUGUACUGAGAGACAAAAAGUUUAACUUCUAAAGAUAGGAAACAAAGUUCACAAAACUUUAAUUUAAAACAAAAAUUGUACAAUAUUAAACAUUAAUUAAUAAUAAAAUAAAACGAUACAUGAUACCAGGGUUACUUAUUGCUUAGCAGCAGAUACUGUUUUUGUCUGAAAAUGCAACUGAAAGAUAACAGAAAAAAUGUGAAGAUAUUUUCAAGCGAUGUUUAUAAUUGUAUUUUAUUAUUUUAUUAUAUUUACAUCAUAAGGUUUUAAUCAUUUUAAAACGUAAAGAUUUUUUAGUUUAGUGUUGUUGUUUUUUUGUAUUAAAAAUAAAAUCUUUCAAGAUGAA